AUGGUGUCAAAGGUAGAAAAUAAAAAUAAUUAUAAAGAUUAUAAAGAUUUUUCAGAUGAAAGUGAUGGAGAUAAUGAUGAUAAUGGAUAUUCAGGUUUUAAUUUAAUACCAGAUGAUUUUAGGGAUGAAAGUGAUAACGAAAGUGUUUAUAGCGAAAAUAAUAAUAAUAUUGGGUUUGAAAUUAGACCUGCAGGCGAUACAUAUGAAGAAUAUAUAAAAAAUAACCCAGAUCAAGAGGAUGAAGAAGAUGAAGAAGAAGAUAAUGAUUUUGGUGAUUUUGUAGAUUUUAAGAACCAUUCAGAACAAUUUCAUAGUUUAGAUACUUUUGAUAAUAGCAGUAGUAAUAAUAAUAAUAAUAAUGAUGAUAAUGAUAUAGAAGCAAAAUUAAAAGCAAAUCCAAUGCUCAGAGGAGUAGAUUUUUCUGAAUAUUUCCCAAAGACAGAAAACGAUCCAUUUGCAACUAAUAAUGAUGAUUUGGCACCAACUAACCCAAGUAGCGAUAAUAAAUAUUCAGAAAGAAAUGAUAAAGGUCAUAUGGUUUUAGAAAGAAAUAAAUUAUUUCCACCAGAUCAUGUUGCUAUGAUUCAAGAAUGUAUGAAAAAUAUUAAAUUAGAUUAUAAACCAAUGUGGACAAAUUUUAUAGCAGAGGAUAAAUGGAUGGGCGCUUUAAAAAAUAAAUUAGAUCCAUCCACUCAAACAGCACCAACAUCAACAUCAGCAUCAGCAUCAGCAUCAGCAUCAACACCAACAUCAACACCAACACCAACACCAACAACAGAUAAUAGUAAUGUUAACAAAAACUAAGUUAAUAAUACAAUUUAAUAAAUAAUUUUGUAAAUAGAUUUUUUUUUUUUAUUUU